UAUAAAAAAGGAAGUACAUAAUUAGAUAAAUACCCAGCAACAAAAAGUUGAAACCAAAAGCAAGGCAAGAUUUGAUACUGAUAUGAUCAAACACGAUCAGUAGGAAGCAGAGGAGAAAGAGAGCGAGAAGGAAAAAAAAUUGAAAGAAACUAAAAGCAAAGUUCAUGCAUUGCAUCCAUGGCCAUGCACAACAACCAGGUGAUGGUGGUGGUAGACUAGUAGUUAAGCUCGGUGAAGGGGUUGGCUGCCUCGAGCUGCGCUAAUGGCGAACAGCUACGUGCUAACCUACCAUUAGCGAGGUGUAUAUAAGCACACGGAGCUCUGCUGCUGGUUGCUUCAUCGUCCGUCCAUCGAGUUGGAGCUUGAGGGCAGCAAUGGCGGCGGCGCGUGUCGUUCUUGUGGCGUUGGCGGCGGCGUCGGCCAUGUCCGUGGCCGUCUCCGGCCAGAAGUUCAACGCGAUCUUCAGCUUCGGCGACUCCAUGUCCGACACCGGCAACCUCUGCGUGAACGGGCCGCCGGCCGGCCUGACGCUCACCCAGCCGCCCUACGGCGAGACGUUCUUCGGCCGCGCCACCUGCCGCUGCUCCGACGGCCGCCUCGUCGUCGACUUCCUCGCGGAGAAGUUUGGGCUGCCGCUGCUGCCGCCGUCGAAGAAGGGCGGCUCCGACUUCCGGCGAGGCGCCAACAUGGCCAUCAUCGGCGCCACCACCAUGGACUCCAACUUCUUCCAGUCGCUCGGCAUCGGCGACAAGAUCUGGAACAACGGCCCCCUCAACACCCAGAUCCAGUGGUUCCAGCAGCUCCUCCCCUCCGUCUGCGGCUCAUGUACGUACCCUAAACCCACCCCACCUCGCCGCCGGCCGGCCGGCCGGCCAUCAACUCCGGCGACUGACUCAUCUCCCUGUGCAUCCAAUGCAGCGUGCAAGUCGUACCUGUCCAAGUCCCUGUUCGUCCUCGGCGAGUUCGGCGGCAACGACUACAACGCGCAGCUGUUCGGCGGGUACUCGCCGGAGCAGGCGGCGGGGCAGAGCGCGACGAUCGUGGACGCCAUCGGGCGUGGCGUGGACCAGCUCGUCAGCCUCGGCGCCAUGUACGUCGUCGUCCCCGGCGUGCUCCCCGUCGGCUGCUUCCCCAUCUACCUCACCCUCUACGGCACCUCCAACCCCGGCGACUACGACCAGCACGGCUGCCUCACCCGCUUCAACUCCCUCUCCGUCCGCCAUAACUCCCUCCUCCAGAGCAAGGUCUCCUCCCUCCAGAGCAAGUAUCCAUGGGCGAGGAUCAUGUACGCCGACUUCUACUCGCACGUCUACGACAUGGUCAAAUCCCCCGCCAACUACGGGUUCAGCACGAACUUGAGGGCGUGCUGCGGCGCGGGUGGCGGGAAGUACAACUACCAGAAUGGCGCGAGGUGCGGGAUGGCGGGAGCGUACGCGUGCUCCAACCCGUCGUCGUCGUUGAGCUGGGACGGCAUCCACCUCACCGAGGCGGCGUACAAGCAGAUCGCCGACGGGUGGGUCAACGGGCCCUACUGCCACCCGCCCAUCCUCUCCUAGGGCGCCGCGCCGGCCGGCGACGUCACCCACCCGCCGGAAAGCUUGCCGGCGGUGACGCUCAUUGUUUGUUUUAAUUAGUAAUGGAACAAAGAAAGAAAUCAACAGCAAGAAGAAGAAGAAGACGACGACGACGUCUUGCGAUCGAGAAACGAAUAAGAUCAGUUGAUUUUUCUUUUCUUGUUGGUAAUUCGUUUUUAGCUGAUGCAAUUUGUGUAGUGGUAUGGAUGUGAUUGGGAUUUGGAAGGCUAUUUAAUUAUGUGUUGCAAUUAA